AUGUCUACUGGACAUCUCAUUCGAGGUGUUGAAAAAGUGGUUGGAUAUACAAAUGAAGUGAAACUGGGGCCAAAGAGCCAGCAGCCGAGGACUGUAGGCAGCUGUGAAGAAAUGGAGCCCAGACACACCAUGGCUUCUUCUGUGACUACUUGUAAAAUACUGCUGUUUCUGAUGUUGGUGUUAGCUGCCUAUAUCAUUUUGAUGGCUUCAGAAAACUUCUCCAAGAAAUCUUCAUGUCCUGAAACACCACUCAGCACUGCCACAGAACCCACAGAGACUGAUUUGAGAAUUAAAAAAAUCAUAGAGCAGCUGGAUCACCAGAUCCCACAUAGACCAUUCUCUUACAUCAACACGACAAGUGCAGCCCUCAGUGUGGCCAGAAUCAUUGAUCCUAAGACCACCUACUGCAGAGGGGAUCAGCUAGAUGUUCUCCUGGACAUGAGAGACUAUUUGCGGCACAGAAAGCAAUAUGGAGGAGAUUUCUUAAGAGCCAGGAUCUCUUCCCCAGAUCUGAUGGCAGGAGCUUCAGGACAGGUGACAGAUUUCAACAAUGGCACCUACCUUGUCAGUUUCACUUUAUUCUGGGCAGGUAAAGUCUCUGUGUCUCUUCUGCUCAUCCACCCCAGCGAAGGAGUAUCUGCGCUCUGGAGAGCAAGGAAUAAGGGUUAUGAUAAGGUGAUUUUCACAGGCCUAUUUGCCAAUGGCACAUCGCAGGUCUUCAGUGAAUGUGGCCUGGUUCUAAACACAAGUGCUGAACUGUGUCAAUACUUGGACCACCGAGACCAAGAAGCCUUCUAUUGUGUGAAACCUCCACGAGUAUCCUGUGAUGCACUGACCCAUAUGAGGACCAGGAAUAGUGGAGUUUCUUAUCUUAGUGUAAAGGACAAAAAUCUUUUACACAAGUCCAGUGUAGGGAUUGAAAUUACGAGAGGCUUCGAACCCAUUGUAGUCUCCGAGUGUAACAAUGUUGAAACAGUGAGAGAGAAAUGCCAGAUUGGAAUGAAGUCCCCUAUUCCCAGUGGUUAUUCUUUGCAAGGCAAGUGGAAUCCAGCAUUUUGUAAACUAACUCAGUUAAGUAAUGUGACUGUAAUCAAUGACUGUUUGAAAGGAAAACUCAUUUACCUCAUGGGAGAUUCUACUCUACGCCAGUGGAUGGACUACUUCUCCAAAAUUGUGAAAACACUGAAGUAUUUUGAUCAUCAUGGAAGUGGACCAUUCAAGGACUACAUACUUCUGGAUUCAGAAAGACACAUUUAUAUCCAAUGGAAAAAACAUGGGCAUCCAUUUGUCACUAGCAAACUGUACUCAUUAAAAAAUCAUGAAUAUAUUGCCCAUGAAAUUGACAGAGUAGCCGGAGACAGAAACACAGCCAUUGUUAUCACCCUUGGACAACAUUUCAGACUAUUCCCAGUUGACAUCUUCAUCCGAAGAGUUAUCAAUAUCCAAAGGGCAAUUAGACGGUUAUUGCUAAGAAGUCCAGAUACCAGAGUUAUCCUGAAGGCAGAAAACAUUAGAGAGAUGCACAUUGAUGCUGAGAAAGUUGGUGACUUUCAUGGCUAUAUUCAGUAUCUUAUUAUCAGGGACAUUUUCCGGGAUCUCAAUGUGGGUAUCAUUGAUGCCUGGGACAUGACCAUUGCAUAUGACUCUAGAUUCCUCCACCCGCCUAAUAAUGUUGUUGAAAAUCAGAUUAAUAUGUUCUUAAACUACAUCUGCUGAUAGCUUUACCUACUAAGUAUUAUGGAAUGACCUAAUAUACUAAUAAGGGAUUCCAGUUGAUAUGUGCCUAGCAGAAAAUAUGAAAACAAGUUGGUAAGAUGUUGUAUCAUGGUGGGAGGACAAGAGGAAAGUAUGAGGCCCUACAUGCCCUUUUAGAAUAGGAGACACGUCAUGAAUGUAUCAUGUUAGUGUUUCCAUGACUGGCCAGAGCCACAUGGCAAACAAGUCUUCUCUGAUAUUCUUGAUUUCUGUAAUAUCCAGGGACUCUCGCUCUCCAGGAUGUAUGUGUUGGCAGUAGGAUGGGGAGAAAUGACCAGAACAUGGGUUUGAGGAAUGACAUCUUGGAACAGCCAGCAAGAACACAAGACUAACCUGAAUAAGUGAUUGGAUAGAAGGCUAAAGGAUUUGAUCACACCACAAAAGUAAUUGUGUGCAGUGUUCAAUAUUAAGCCAAUAUCUGGGUAGUUUUAUUGAAAUGCAGUGUUGGUCACUCAGCGAACCUUACAAAUAUCCAGGAUUUAGGUGAUUUUAGGGAAGGAGAAGUUGUCUACAUUACUAAGAAAGGAUCCCAAAGGGAAAAGGAAAGAAGCCCUUUUACAUAUGCUCAGGGAUGGAUAAAGCGAUCAGUCAAAUGGGGAGAUAUGAGAGAAGUCUCAUAAAUAUGU